AUGACAUCAACGUCUACGGAUAUGUAUUUAAAAAAAGUAAAACAGGAAUUAAUUAAAUUAUCAACAACAAUUACUCAAGAUGAUUUAAAAGAUAUUGUUGGAAAAAUUUCGCGCAAUGAACUUCAAAUAGAAGAAGUUUUAAUAAAAGCCGAAGUCGAGUGUGUUUUAGUACGGAAGAAAUGCCAUAAAUUCAAUGAAAUACUUCGCAAAGAAUUGAGUGAUGGUGAUGGAACAAAAUAUUCAAAAGUAGCUGAGCUAGCUUUUCGUCAAUGUUUAUCAGCUCAUUCUAUCGUACAAGAUGUUGAUGGCACAUUACUCAUGUUCAGUAAAGAGAACAGUAGCAAUUGUUGUAUGAGAACAGUAGAUGUAAUCUAUCCAGGUGCUCCAUUCUUUCUUUAUUUUAAUCCAAGUCUACUCAAAGCGCAACUUGUACCCGUUCUUAAUUAUGCUGAAAGUACACAUUGGAAAUUUCCUUUUGCUCCUCAUGAUCUUGGGGUUUAUCCACAAGCAAAUGGACAAGCAUACGGAGGAGUGGAACAUUCCGAAGCAUAUCAAAUGUCUGUUGAAGAAUGUGGCAUCAUGAUUCCUCUCACUGUUGCCAUUUGUAAAAUAGAAAAUAAAACAGAUUUAGUCGAUCAACAUUUUACGACGUUAUUGAACUGGGUAAACUAUCUAUUAGAUUUUGGUUUGAAUCCAAAAAAUCAACUAUGUACAGAUGACUUCACUGGACACAUUGCACAUAAUGCAAAUCUUUCAUUAAAAGUCUUUCUGGCAAUCGCAGCUUUUGCACAACUCUGGGACUUGAAAGCAGACAAAAUGCAAGUAAAAAUUUUUAAUAAAAUUGCACAAACCAUGGCUUUCGAAUGGCUGAAAUUAGCUGACGAUGGUGAUCACUAUCGACGUGCAUUCGAUAGAAAAGGAAAUAAUCGAGCACAUUAUGCAAAAGCCGAUUGGAUUGUGUGGACGGCUUGUCUUGCAGAAAAGAAAGAAGUUUUUCAAGCUUUUGUUAAUCCACUUUAUGAUUUUUUGAAUGUUUCAGAAAGUAGAGUACCUUUUACCGAUUUGUAUGAUACGAAAACAGGUGAACAAGUUGCAUUUAAAGCACGUAGUGUGGUUGGUGGCGUAUAUUUACCACUGCUAAUAACAUGCUCAUCUACUGAUGGACAUACAUGA